AUGGCUCCCCUCAAGCUCAACAGCCGAAACCUCGCCCAGAUCUUCGCCGCUGGCAAGGACCGCGUCAAGGUCCCGACCUACCAACGCGGUAGCGCGGUGAAGGAGGGAAUCGUCCAUGUCGGUGUCGGAGGCUUCCAUCGCGCCCAUCUGGCCGUCUACGUCGACCAAUUGAUGCAGAAUCAUGGCGUGAACGACUACGCCAUCUGCGGUGUGGGCUUGCAGCCCUUCGACGCCGCCAUGCGCGACGCCCUGCGCUCUCAGGAUCAUCUGUACACCGUCAUUGAGCGGUCGGCCAAGGGAAGCUUUGCCCAUGUGGUCGGCAGCAUCAACUCCUACCUCUUCGCCCCGGACAACCGCGAGGCCGUGAUUGCCAAGAUGGCGCACCCAGAUACCCACAUUGUGUCGCUGACCAUCACCGAGAGCGGCUACUACUACAAUGAAAACACCCACGAGCUCCAAGCGGAGCACCCCGACAUCCAGUUCGAUCUCGACCCCGCCAACGAGAAGACCCCCCGUACCACCUUCGGUUUCCUCUAUGCUGCCCUGGCCCGGCGCCACCAGCAGGGGCUCCGGCCUUUCACUGUCCUGUCCUGCGACAACAUGCAGAAGAACGGCUCCAUCACCCGUCACAUGCUCGAGUCCUUUGCACGCCUACGCAACCCUGAGCUUGCCAAGUGGAUUGCCGAGCAGGGUGCCUUCCCCAACGCCAUGGUCGACCGUAUCACACCGCAGACAUCCCCCACGGACAAGAAGGCACUCGCAGAAACUAUCGGGAUCGAAGACUCCUGGCCGGUAGUCACGGAGCCUUUCAUGCAGUGGGUGCUUGAGGAUCAGUUCUCCGACGGCCGUCCGCCUUUUGAAAAGGCCGGCGCCCAGGUGGUCAAGAACGUCCACGACGUGGAGCAGUUCGAGAAGCACAAGCUGCGCCUGCUGAACGGCAGCCACUCGGCCAUCGGCUACGCCGGUCAGAUGGCCGGGUUUGAAUACGUCCACGAGGUCAUGGAGCACCCGCUGUACAACCGGUUUGUAUGGCAGAUGAUGCAGGAGGAGGUGAAGCCGCUCUUGCCCGAGAUUCCGGGCGUCGACAUUGACGAGUACUGCAAGACGCUCAUGGAGCGCUUCUCCAACCCCACGAUCAUGGACCAGCUGCCGCGCAUCUGUUUGAACGCGUCCGGCAAGAUCCCGCAGUUCAUCAUGCCGUCCAUUGCCGAGGCGAUCUGGGUGACGGGCCCCUUCCGGCGUCUGUGCUUCGUCGCGGCCGCAUGGUUCCGCUACCUGAACGGCAUUGACGACAGCGGCAAGACGUUCAACGUGGACGAUCCGAUGCGCGAGGAGCUCCAGGCGAAGGCGCGUGCGGGUGGCACCAACCCAGCGGAGCUGCUCAACGUCAAGAGCCUGUUCGGAGAUGACCUGCGCAGCGACAAGCGCUUCCUCCAGGAGAUUACGACAGCGAUGGAAGCCAUUGCCCGGGAUGGCAUCAUGAAGACGAUGCCCAAGUACGUUGAUUGA